AUGGUUGAAGCAUCAAAUCAUCGUCAGUCCACUGAAGAACCCGCAGAGCCACCCGAAUUAUCAUCUCCAGAAAGAGAUCAAUGGGAAUCCACUGAACUUUCAGAAUUGGCCCACAUAAGACAAAACUACACAUACGCUUCAUCUACUCAUGCAUUAGGUCCUGGUAGUACAGCACCCACUGGCUUUUUCGGUCAAUUGACCUAUGGUGUCUCAAAGUUCUGGAAACACCAGAUUAGUGUGACCGUUGACCAUGUUGCAUGUAGAGAUCAUUUAGCCCUCGAGAGAACUUUCUUAGCAUAUCUCAGGACUUCAUUGGCGUUGUCGAUGCUAGGGGUAUCAAUUGCACAACUAUUCCGAUUGCAACAUUCCCCCACACCAAAUCCCUUGAUAGGAUUCUUCGUACUUGGGAAACCCCUGGCUUGUAUAUGUCAAGUUGCCGCGAUAACAACUUUGUUGAUAGGAAUCAUCCGAAGUUGGAGGCAUCAAAAUGCUAUCGUAAGAGGCAAAGCUCUUUCCGGAGGGUUUGAAGUUAUCUUCAUAGGAGUUGGCUUCUUCUUCAUCUUUCUAACAUUCCUAAUACUUCUGGUUGCCGUGGACAUUAUAAAAGAAGAUUUGAAGUCCGAUAAGUGA